UUGGCCAUCGCAUCGUUCGUCUCAUCUCGCAUUCAUCGCCUCUCUCAUACUCCGUCACCCACCGUCGACUCCUUCCAUCGCUUGUGGUUUUGUUUGCUGAUAUUUCAGGACACAUUCAUUCAAAUUGCUAUAAACCCAUCAAAUAUUAGAAAAAAGCCCAUAUUUGGAGUUUUUCAUGCAUGAGGAGUUGCUAUGCUUAGUCUCCGGCUGAUACAAUUUAGACAAUUUCGCAAACGCUUUGCCUUCUCUUCCACAUUUAGCUCACUUUCAGAUCCCCACGACCUUAGUAGUUGUCUUCAAUUUUUUUUUUCAAAACAAAAUUUAACAUUCCAAUCUCUUCUUCAAUUUCAUUCCCUCGUUAUCACCACUGGCAACUCGAACAAUGCCUUCUUUGCCACAAAGCUCAUGGCCUUUUAUGCCUGUCAUGGGCAACCUGCGUUCUCCACGCAAUUGUUUCGAUUUGUUCAUCCUAAGGACAAAUUUCUUUGGAAUUCCAUUAUCCAAUCCCACUUCUCCAAUGGUGAUUACCUACAGGCAUUUGAUUUCUACCUUGAGAUGCGAGCAUCGAGUAGCCUGCCAAACCAAUUUACAAUUCCCAUGGUGGUUUCCACUUGUGCGGAACUAAUGAUGCUCAACCAUGGCAUGAACAUUCAUGGGUUGGCUUUGAAACUUGGGCUCUUUGUUGGUAAUUCUGCUGUUGGUUCUUCUUUGAUAUACAUGUAUUCCAAAUGUGGUAACGCAGAAAGUGCAUCUCUCAUGUUCAAUGACAUUACUGUUAAGGAUGUAGUUGCUUGGACUGCCCUUAUAAUUGGUUAUGUCCAGAAUAACGAGAGUGAGAAAGGUUUGAAAUGUUUGUUUGAGAUGCAUAGGAAUGGAUGUACCCCAAAUUAUAGAACAAUAGGAGGUGGGUUUCAAGCUUGUGUUGAUUUGGAGGCUUUAGUAGAGGGUAGAUGCUUACAUGGUUUGGCUUUAAAAAGUGGAUUUCUCUGUUUUGAAGUCGUUAAAUCUUCUAUUCUCUCGAUGUACUCGAGGUGUGGGUCACCUGAAGAAGCUUAUCGUUGUUUUUUUAAAUUGGAGCAAAAAGAUCUCAUCUCUUGGACAUCAAUUAUGGCAGUUCACUCCAAACUCGGGUUAAUGAGUGAAUGUCUACAUUUAUUUUGGGAGAUGCAGGCCAGUGGAAUAAUUCCAGAUGACAUCGUGAUCAGUUGCAUGCUUCUGGGUUUUGGUAAUUUUGAUAGAAUCUCUGAAGGAAAAGCCUUCCAUGCUUGGAUUCUGAAACAAUGUUGUGCAGUGAGUGGAAUAACCCACAAUGCAUUACUCUCCAUGUAUUGUAAGUUCGGACUCUUACGUACGGCAGAUAAGAUCUUCCAUAGCUUCCAUAAAAGCAGUGAAGAUUGGAACACAAUGAUAUUAGGAUACAGCAAUAUGGGGGAGAAAGAAAAAUGUAUAGACUUUUUCAGGGAGAUGUACCUCUUAGGCAUAGAACCUGAUUUGAAUAGUUUAGUUUCAGUCAUUUCUUCAUGUUUACCAGUCGGAGCUGUGAAUAUUGGUCGGUCUGUCCACUGCUAUGCGAUUAAAAACUCGAUCAUUGACAAUGUAUCAAUAGCUAACUCACUCUUGGACAUGUAUGGAAAAAGUGGUAAUUUAACCGCCGCAUGGAGGAUAUUUCAUAGGACACAACAAAAGGAUAUUAUCUCAUGGAAUACGCUGAUUUCGACCUACAAGCAAAGUGGGCACCCUUCUGAAGCAAUUGAUUUAUUCGAUAAAAUGAUUAAAGAAAAGUUCAACCCCAACGGAGUUACCUGCAUAAUAGUUCUUUCGGCAUGUGCUCAUCUUGCAUCCUUAGAUAAAGGUGAGAGGAUUCACCAGUACAUAAAGGAAAAUGGAUUUGAGACUGAUAUCACUGUUAGAACUGCAUUGAUUGAUAUGUAUGCAAAAUGUGGGGAGCUCGAGACAUCAAGAACAUUGUUCAACUCAAUGGAAGAGAGGGAUGUUAUUUUGUGUAAUGUCAUGAUAUCAAAUUAUGGGAUGCAUGGACAUGUGGAAUCUGCUAUUGAGAUCUUCCAACUAAUGGAAGACUCAAACAUUAAACCAAAUGCACUUACCUUUCUUUCUCUUCUCUCAGCUUGUAAUCAUGCAGGGCAUAUGGUAGAAGGAAGGCGUCUCUUUGAUGUAAUGCAUAAAUAUGGUAUCAAACCUAGUCUUAAGCACUAUGCUUCUAUGGUGGAUCUUCUUGGCAGGUCAGGUAGCCUUGAAGAAGCGGAGGCUCUUGUUUUAUCAAUGCCCAUCACGCCUGAUGGCACUGUGUGGGGCUCCUUGUUAAGUGCUUGUAAGCUUCACAAUGAAUUUGAAAUGGGUAUAAGGAUUGGCAGACAUGCAAUUGAGUCUGAUCCAAAAAAUGAUGGGUAUUAUAUAGUAUUGUCUGAUCUGUAUGGUUGCUUGGGAAGGUGGGAGGAAGUGGAAAAAGUUCGUGGUGUGAUGAAGCAAAGAGGGGUGGAGAAGAGAGCUGGCUGGAGUGCCCUAUGAACGGAGUAAUUGCUUGAAAACAUUUGAUACCUUUGACUAUACAACUUCGUCGAGUCUCGAGAAUUAUUUCGAAGGACGAAUUUGACAAUCAAUAUGAAAAAAAAGUUCAAUCCUCACUUGUUCGGAACUUUUUCGACUUCGGUUCUGAUAUCAACUUUUGAUUCGUUGCCUUACAUGGAUGAACGUAUCUACGAACUUACUGAAACGUAGGCUCCCUUUUCGUGUGGCUGGUGACGUCGUUCGAGCAUUCAGAAGAAUCCAUAUGGGCAUGUGUUGCAUUAUUCAGGAAACAACUAAGAAAUGGCAAUAGAAUAUAAUAGUUAUUUAAUUAAAUUCAUAAACAUUAUAUAUUAAGAUAUAUUGUAUAAAGUUAAUUCUAUUAUGAAACCAAGAAUAAACAAAAUAUUUAUUUGUA